UCAUCGCAUUUGAUCAAAGCUUCCUUCCCUCUCGGUUGGUCAACACUCAAAAACUCAUUUUUUUCUAACUCCAACAGUUCACUUCAGUCCGUACCAACAACCGCCGUCCUACCCUCUCACCGUCGCCGGCGCUGUUAAAAAUCUUCUCUUUACGAAAACGACAUGUCUCUUUGUUCGCCUGGAUUCUCUGCGUCGCCAUCGAACCUCUUCUACACUGACGUUUCGACCAGGCAAUGCGGCUUCCACCACCACCACAACCUCGCUGUCGAUGGUUGGGUUUUUCAUUCUUCCCGCCAGUCUUUAUCGAUCGAGAACAGUGGGUUUCGUCUGAAGUGCACUGAAUCAGACUCCGUUGCUAAGACGAUCGAGUUUACUGAUCGCGGCGAUGGUGGUGAUGGUGGGAAUUUUUUGGGUGGCGGAGGAAAUGGAGGCGGAGGCGGAGACGAGGGUGAUGGUGAUGGUGAAGAGAAGGAGUUUGGACCGAUAAUGAAGUUUGAGGAGGUAAUGAAGGAGGCCGAAACUCGAGGAGUGAAGCUUCCUUCCGACAUGGUUGAGGCUGCUAAAUCCACCGGAAUUAGGAAAGCUUUCCUUUCCCGGUACUUAGAUCUGGAGGGAUCAGCUUGGCCAUUGGGUUUUCUCAUGAAACACUGCUCUAUGUUACGAAAUCGAAUGCUGGCAGAUCCUUCCUUCUUGUUCAAAGUUGGGACAGAGGUAGUCAUAGAUUCUUGUUGUGCAACGUUUGCCGAAGUUCAGAAGAGGGGAAAAGAUUUCUGGGCGGAAUUCGAGUUGUAUGCUGCUGAUCUUUUGGUUGGUGUAGUUGUUGAUAUUGCUUUGGUAGGCAUGUUAGCACCCUAUGCUCGAAUAGGGAAGCCUCCAUCCGUGUCGAAAGGUUUAUUUGGACAAAUACAACAGGCUACCAGGGCACUUCCUAGCAGUGUCUUUGAAGCCGAAAGACCAGGAUGUACAUUUACAGCGAAGCAACGAGUUGCCACAUACUUUUAUAAGGGAGUGUUGUAUGGAUCGGUUGGAUUUGGAUGUGGUCUUAUUGGCCAAGGCAUUGCAAACAUGAUCAUGAAUGCUAAAAGGAGCAUAAAGAAAUCCGAAGAGGAUAUACCUAUUCCUCCUCUGCUUGGAAGUGCUGCACUUUGGGGUGUUUUUCUUGCUGUGUCGUCCAACACACGUUACCAAAUUAUAAAUGGACUCGAACAGCUUGUCGAAGCAUCACCUUUGGCAAAACAGGUGCCACCAGUCGCGAUGGCAUUCACAGUAGGUGUACGAUUUGCCAACAACAUAUACGGGGGUAUGCAGUUUAUAGAUUGGGCUAAACUGAGCGGAGUGCAAUAGCUGCAAUACAUAUAAAUGUCUCUCAUUUUCAAUAUCAAAUAAGCUAUAGAAAUAUUUUAUAUAUUUUCUUGAGCAAUAAGAGUUUUUGAGUUUGAAGUAGUACAUUUUCUGGGCUUAGACACUGCAUUCUCAUUUUACAGUCUCUAAGGUAAAGAAAGAUAAUCACUUUAAAGCAUAAAUUAGAUCAUUUUACAUAUAAACAUGACCCUCUUAGGUAGAAGAGCUCAUGAAAGUGUUAAUAUGCUUGGAUUUUUUUUAAACUGCUUUGCCAUGAAAUUACUUUUCUC